AUGUCAUCGCGUAAGGACGAGCUAUUGGCCAAGAAGGCUCGCCUUGCGGAGCUACGGCGACAGAGGGAGCUGCGCCAGGAACAGUAUACGUCGAGUCGGCAGAGUAUUGGGGAGGCCCCUUCACCUGGCAAAACCGCCGAGGAGCGCAGGUCCGAGAUCGAUCACCUCGUCUCCAGUCUAAUCGAUCGGCAACGAGACAAAGAUGUGGCCGCAUCGCCCAGCAGACGUGCUAGUCGACCUAGUUCAAUUCAGGGCACAGGACAACUCAGUCCCCAGCAAGAUGUCGAACCAUCGCCAAGGAGGUUGAUGCAAUCAAUAGCCACGCAGACCGAGAGCACGGAUACUUCGUUCCCUAAUGAAGUCGACGCUUCCGCCCAUGAGCCUAUCCCUUCGAAAAAGGAGUAUAUCACGUACACCAAGGGCGUGCAGACUGAACCAUACCUCGAAGAACCCGUUAAAUCACAAGAACCAUCCGACGAUGAUGAGCUAUCAUUGCGACAGAGAAAACGGCUCAGCCGGCGGGACCAAGAGAGGGAUGAAGAAAUCCGGUUGGCACUGCGGAAGGAAAUUGAGGAAGAGUUACAAGCCACGCGCAAUCGGGAAUCUAUAAUCUCAUUAUCGACCGGUUCUCAUCAGCAGCACCGCUUUCCCCUGCGCACGCUCACCAAUACUGAGCUCAAUGCCGUGGUUGCCUCGCCCGAAUUCGUUUCCUUCGUCGAGCGUUCUUCAAAAGUCAUUGAGCGUGCCCUCGAUAUCGACGACGAGUAUGAUCUGCUGGCAGACUAUACCCGUACAUCAACGCUUGAUGACGAUGACGACAAUGAUGCUACUCCUUAUUCACGAACCGGCAAAAAGUCCCAUUCUGUACGCGAGUCUUUUCAGUUGUUCUCCGACCGAUACACACGAAGACGCAUUGUCUCGGAUAUUCAGUUCUCUCCCCACUUUAAUGAACUUCUCUUGUCUUCAUACACCAAAAAUCCUUCUGCCCCUCAUGAACCGGCCGGUCUGGUUCUGCUGUGGAAUACUCAUGCACCGUCUCGACCGGAGUACGUUUUCACGGCGUCGUCCGACGUUCUGUCGGCUCGUUUCUCACCGUUUCAUCCUAAUCUCGUCAUUGGCGGCUGCUAUUCUGGUCAAAUAUGCCUGUGGGAUACUAGAACCUCGGGACGUACAGGGCAACCAGUCCAGAAAACGCCACAAUCUGGAUCCCACUUGGGCCACACGCACCCAGUCUACAGCAUAAGUGUCGUGGGGACGCCCAAUGCUCAUAACAUCAUCACUGCCUCGAUGGACGGCGUUGUCUGCUCGUGGUCGGUGGACAUGCUCACACAAGCCCAAGAAUAUCUCGUCCUCAACACCCCAGCCCCGGCUAAAACUGACGACCUUGCUCCUACAAGCAUGAGUUUUCCCGCCGCAGACCCCACCUUCUUCCUUGUCGGCACCGAAGAAGGCACUAUUUACCCAUGCCACCGGUAUGAUCGUGCCGGGGCUCAAGCGGGCGUGGACACUCGCGUGGCCUACAAAGGACACACGGCACCUGUUAUGUCCUCGCAGUUUCACCCUGCGCGAGGUCCCGUUGAUCUAGGGGAUCUACUGCUGAGUUCCAGCUCUGACUGGUCUGUCAAAUUGUGGCGGGUGAAGCCCGCUGCAAGUUCUAGCACGAGUGCCUCGACUAUAGCAGCAGGAGGGGCGGCGCCAACAGUUCUGAGCCCCAUCCUCAACCUUGCAAGAGAAGACCUCGUCUACGAUGCAAAAUGGGCGCCGCAUAAGCCGUCAGUUUUCGCUUGCGUCACUGGUGCGGGAGAGUUGGAGGUGUUUGACCUCAGCUAUGACCUGGAAGUCCCUAUUGCCAAAGUAAGUCCCACAAGGGGGAAGAACGGGGUGGUCCCAUUUAAGGGGCUGAACAAGGUAGCGUGGGAGGAGAAACGAGGUAGCCACAUGGCCGUUGGCGGGCUCGAUGGCGUCGUUACUGUAUUCGACGUCGGCAAGGGCCUGCAAUGCGGGAACGGCGAGGCAAGCAUGGAUGAGUGGGUGGGCAUGAAGAGGUUAGUGACGAAGCUUGAAGGGGGAAAGUGA